AUGGUGAGAGCUAGAAACAGUGAAUAUCUGGAGUUCAGUCCAAAUACCCCUGCUCCACUACCACGACCAAAACAUCAUCCAGUCAAGAGGGAGUCGGUGCCAUGGACGGGAGAUGGUGAGCUGAUUCUGGCUAAGCCGCAAACGGAUCCAAUGUCCGAUGCUUCAGUUCGUGUUCCAGCUGAUAGUGAGAAGAAGGCCAAGGGAGAUCAUUGA